AUGGCCUUUGUAGGGUCUUCCACCCCAGCUCUCCUCCAGGGGCCAAUACCGUGCUCCAAAGCCCUUUACAUGGGCAGCAAGCCGGAAAAUGACCCCAUGCUGUCUCCGCUCGCCUCCGCCCCGCCUGGUUACGCCCGUUUCCCAGGAACCUGCUGUGGGUCCAAUGGUCCUCGGGCCUCCCUCUCACGCCACACCGCCUCCCCAGGCCAAACGCUAAGGCAGACUCCUCGCCGCGGACAAUGGCGCUCACCGAACGUGGGAAAGAAAUGUCACAAGGCUCUCUGA